AUGUCCGACACUGUAUCACUACCGUCACGCAUCAAAGGCGCAAUCUACGGCCUUGCAACAUGUGAUGCACUCGGCGGGCCAGUGGAAUUCAAAGCUCGUGGCUCAUUCGACAAAGUCACCACUAUGCAGCCGAACGACAACUUCAAAAUUCCAGCAGGAUGUUUCACCGAUGACACUUCCAUGGCGCUGUGCCUCGCACACGCCCUGCUCGAUAACGACGGCCGGUCCAACGUCAUUGAUCAAGUGGAAAACUACAUUUCAUGGUGGCAGCGAGGCUAUCAGUCAUCCACAGGCACCUGCUUUGACAUGGGAAUUCUCACACAGAGCGCCCUCGAACUCUGGGUCAGCCAGCUCCGCCGAACAGGGCCAGGUUCGCGGGCACCCAAGGAUGCUCUAGCAUCCAUACAGCAACGAAUCACGGAAUCCUUCUCCGACGACAGCUUCUGUGGCAACGGCAGCCUGAUGCGCGUUCUGCCUGUCGCGCUCGUUGCCCGGAGUGAGGCCGAGGCCGUGGAUCUGGCUGCAACUAGUUCUCUUCCAACGCACCCUCAUUUACGUUGCGUGCAUGCCUGCAGCCUCUACACCGGCCUGGCCUACCAGACGUUGAAUGGUAUAUGCAAGGACGAGCUUGCCACAAGUCUAGCCAAGUCUGUCUCCGACACUCCGCUGGACUCUGCUCUGAAGGAGCGACUGCAGGACUAUCGCGUACGAGGGGAUUGGCAGGCCAGACCUUCUGACGAGAUUAGUAGCUCAGGGUAUGUGGUGGAUAGCAUAGAAGCGGCUCUGUGGUCGUUCUUCAGCACCGAUACGUUUGAGGAGGGAGCCGUCCUCGCCGUGAAUUUGGGCGACGAUGCAGAUACGGUGGGCGCCAUAUACGGCGGCAUAGCAGGUGCAUACUACGGCUUUGACGCCAUCCCGGAGCAGUGGCGCCGAGAUCUGAGGAGGAAAGAUCUCCUGGAUGAAGUUGUGCGUAAGCUCUUCCUCCACCGUGAGAAGGGUACGUGA